CCACCACAGAGCCGGAACCACGACCAUUCAGUGUCAAAGCUACUCUGAACACAGCCCGGGAUGGUUUGAAGGUGGCCAUGCUCCAUGCAACUGUCAGAUGGGCUGCAGAGAGAUGUCACAUAGUUCGCUUUUUGGCGAUAAUCCGUAUCUCUCGGAUACCCUGGACCCCCAGUCCUCACCUGAUUUCUCCACUUUUACCUUCACCGGGAACAUGGUCUGGGUCCAGGUCUAAUUCGCUGGAUCGGAAAAACCUAGCUGCAGGAUCCACAAGCCCCGGCGGGAGGCAGGCAGGAAAAGGUCAAAGGGUUAACUGCUCUUUUUACUUUAAGAUUGGGGCCUGCCGGCACGGGGACCGGUGCUCCCGACUUCACAACAAACCGACUUUCAGCCAGACCAUAGUGCUGCUCAACUUGUACCGGAAUCCACAGAACACAGCCCAAACUGCAGAUGGAUCCCACUGUCAUGUGAGCGACGUGGAGGUGCAAGAGCACUAUGACAACUUCUUCGAGGAGGUAUUCACAGAGCUUCAGGAGAAGUAUGGAGAGAUUGAAGAGAUGAAUGUGUGUGACAACCUUGGGGACCACCUCGUGGGCAAUGUCUAUGUUAAGUUCCGCCGGGAGGAGGAUGCAGAGCGGGCUGUGGCUGAACUCAAUAACCGCUGGUUCAACGGGCAGGCCGUGCAUGCUGAGCUGUCUCCUGUCACCGACUUCCGAGAGUCGUGCUGCCGUCAGUAUGAGAUGGGGGAAUGUACCCGAGGUGGCUUCUGCAACUUUAUGCACCUACGACCCAUAUCCCGCAACCUGCGCCGGCAGCUCUAUGGGCGAGGACCCAGGCAUAGGUCACCCCCAAGAUCCCAUACAGGCCACCGUCCCCGAGAAAGGAACCGACGCCGUUCCCCAGACCACCGGCAUGGUCGCUUCUAAGACUGGUGCUCUUGGCCAUCACCCACGGGCAGGGACGUUCCUGAGCAGGACCCCUUCUCAAAGCAUUCUUCACGCUCCAGCUCCAUCAUCUCCGGGCUUCAGAGCUUCAUGAUAUAAUCUGUUCAACAGAGGAACUUCCUCCUCCCACCCCUCCCCUAAUAAAGCUUAUGGGAAGUUUGUCUAA